AUGAAAGUUAAGGCAAUUUUUGAUUACAAAUCAGAUUACGACGAAGAUUUGAGUUUUGAUGCUGGCACAAUAAUCAAUAUUAUUUCCGUAGAAAAUGAUGAAUGGUAUUCUGGGGAAUAUGACGGCAAACAAGGAAUGUUCCCUAAGAAUUUUGUUGAAGAAUUGAAGGAACCAACUACUGCUGAGUCAAGUGGGAACUCUGAUCAACCGGCAAUUCCUGAAGAACCGAAUCCAGCACUGCCUUUGAAAGUUGAAACAGACAACAAUGAUGGUGGUUCCAACAAUGCACCUGUGGAAACAACCUCACCCAAAAAGUCUAUUGAAAAACCUUUGGGAAGUCCAACUGAAACUGUUCACUCUGCACUGAAAGCAAUUGAGUCUCAUUCAUCUAAAGUACCCAUGCCCCAAUCUUUUUCCUCUAAACCGGUUGAUCCUUAUAGUAUCAAAAAGCAAUUUGUUGGUGCCAGUGCAUCGUCAUAUGUCCCUAAAAUACAACCAAGAGACGAUAGUUAUUUGGUUGCUCGUCCACUCCAUGAUUCUAAGGCACCACUUGUUACUAGUCAUGAUGAUCCGGUGGAAAAGCCUGAAGAAGAAAUCCCCAAGUUGUCAUUGAAGGAACGUAUUGCUUUGAUCCAAAAACAACAAGAAGAAGAAGCCGAACGUGAAGCCGAAGCAAUGAGAAGAAAAGAGGAAAGAAAUAAGAGAAAAGCUGAGGAACGGGUAAAAUUGAAACAUUUGAAAGAAACUCAUCAAGAUGCCGAUGUUCCAUCCAAGAUUGCUACACAUGGCACUGGUGAUUCAAUUCAUACUCCAACUCUGCCAAUUAAAAAUAAUGAGCUCCCAGAAGUUCAUGAUGCUAUCAAAGAAACUGAAGUACCUGCACCAGGUGCCAUUGAACCUGAAGCUGUAGAUAUCGAAGGCGACUACAAGAAAGAUGAUCCAAACUUUGGCGAAAGAAAUGUUCGUGCUGGUGAUGAGGAUGCACAGGAAGAAGAAGAGGAGGAAGAAGAAGAAGAAGAAGAGGAAACUGAAGAAGAUAAACGACGCAAAUUGAUUGAAAGAAUGGCAAAAAUUUCUGGUGGUAGAAAUAUGUUUGGUAUGAUGGGAAUGCCAACACCUUUUGGGGCUCCGCCACAGAGAACACCAAGCACCAAGAAACGUGAUACAGCUAAAGAGUCAUCAUCGAAUACUGUGACUAGUCAUCAAAGAGAAUCUGUACCUCCAGCAUCUGAACCACCAACAUCUCCAAUUUCAAAGUCUGUCUCACAAAAGAUACCUGUACCUCCUUCGGCAAUUCCAGUAAGAGUUAGUGAUUUGGCUUCUUCAGAGUUUAGCCACGACAGCUCAUCAAUUGCCGAAGAUGAUGAAGAAUCCGAUAUUGAUCGCCGUCAAGUGUCUUCUAAUGUUUUGGAAAAUGAGAUAGGUACCGAUAAAACUAUUAAUUUGCUGAAAGAUAUUAAUGCUGAAAUUGAAGGUGCAGGUUAUGAAGCUGAUUUAUCUGAAGCAGCAAAAAAUGAAGAAAAAAAAGAGUAUGGAAUUCCACAAGCCCCUCCUGUUUCUUCUGCACCUGUACCGCCACCUCCACCGCCACAUCAUCCUCAUCCUCAUCAUACAUCAGAUGAAACAGAAGUUCCUGAAGUUGAUUCUGAACAGGAAGAGCCGCAUCCACCAAUUCCAAGUCGUGCUCCUCCAGUUCCUGUCUCCGUUCCUGCUCCUGCUCCUGCUCCUGCUCCUGCUCCUACUUCAGCUCCGGUAGCAGCUCCUCCUAUUCCAGAAUCCAAUGCAUCUGCUCCAUUCCAAAGUAGACACGUUGAAGAGGACGAAGAGGACGAAGAAUCUCUGUCUGAUGGUGAUUUUGAAUUUGCAGGUGCAUCACCACAUAACCAAUUACCACAAAGAUCUCAAUCUGGUAGUAGGCCAGCAGCUCCACCUCCACCUCCACCAAUUCCUUCUGCAGCUGUACCAGACUCACGUCCACCACCACCACCAAUACCAGUAGGAGAACCACCAAAAAGGGCUGCAACUGAUUUCCCAAGCUUGGUUAGCUCAAAUGAAGAAGAAAACGCACCGACAGUAAGAAAAUCGUUGGACUCGACUGUUACGAGAUCGAAAUCGUUGAGAAAACAUUCUACCGUUGCUUCACAAUUUUCAAGCAAUUUUGCAAUGAAUGGUUGGUGGUUAGAAGAUGAAUUACCUGAUGAAUUGGCUUCUCAACUUGGAUCUGAUUUGGUUUAUGAAGUUGAUAGUAAUGCUCUUGCCAAAAGAGGAAACAGAACCGUUGAAUACAAAGACUACUAUAUAUUGUGGUAUGAUUUAUCUCAAUUGGUAAUUGAAGUUGCUUACGACGUUAAUGAUUCUGAAAAUUCUGCACGUUUGAUUAAUCAAUAUGUUAAACCUACCCCACCAUUGGGGACUGGACAAGCUUUCCCUAUUUUAGAUCAAGCUACACAAUUAUUGGGGGAUAGAGUGGAUACUGAUUUAGUUCGCUAUCUUUUUGAGUUGAAUUCAGAUAUUUUACCAAUUAUUGGCAACAAAUCGUUUGGUGUUACAGUUUAUAAAGUUGUCAGAACUCCAUCGGUUAACAAUUCUACAAAAUUAGGUGAAGUUCUUCCUGGAGAUAUAUUAUAUAUUAAAGGCGGGAAUUUUUCACAUAAAGGGUUAAUUGGUCAUAAAUCGACUACCUUGGGUGAAGGAGAACCAUAUACUGCUGUGAUAUAUGAAUUUGAUCCUGUAAAGGAGAAAUUCAAAGUCAUAGAACAAGAUCAAUCUGGGCAUAUAAUUAAAGGAAGUUACAAGAUUAGUGAUAUGACUAGUGGUAGAUUAAGAGUAUUUAGACCAGUUGGAAGACAAUUUGUUGGUUGGUAA